UAAUUACUUAGAUAAGCAGAUAGGAUACCUGUUACCUGCUAUACCUACCAUCUUUUCGUUAUGUACUAAAGAAAUUAGCUACAUACUUUCAUGUUAAAAUGUGGUAUUGGUGUGUAUUAGUUUUGGCCUCAAUUACUUCUAGUGCAGCGUUUGUUUCCAGAAACUCUCAACGAAUCGCAGGCGGAAUGGAGACAACCAUCGAGAAGUAUAAUUUCAUGGCUAACCUCAUGUUCUCCGAAGACUUCUCCAUCUACGAUCAUCAGUGCGGAGGGGCUCUGGUCAACCCACGCACCGUCUUGAGUGCUGCCCAGUGUUUCAUCGGUCUACCCGCCGCCAGAUGGCGUGUGCGUCUCGGCAGCACGGCCAUCAACUCCGGCGGGUCUCUGCACCAGGUCAGCCGCAUCACCCCGCACCCACAGUUCAGCAUCUUCACCGCCGACCAUGACAUAGCGGUCGUGAGGCUGGCGGACCAGGCGGUCUACUCGCCGAGCGUUGGAGCGGCUUUCAUUGCGGCUAGUAGCCUGGAGAUUGAAGAUGGAACGAAAGUUACCGCCUUGGGUUGGGGUAAUCUUUCGAAUGAUGGAGACAAACCAACAACACUCCAAGAGGUGGAACUAGAUGUCUUCAACCAAGAAUCGUGCUACGAACUCUAUGAGCUUUUAAAAUCCCAACCAGACUUCCUGACCUGGCCUUCAGUCACUCCUCAAAUGAUGUGUAUAGGAGUUACGGAUGUUGGGGGUAAAAGCACCUGCGCUGGAGAUACUGGAAGCCCCGUGAUGUAUGGGGAUAAUAUUGUAGUUGGUGUGGCCUCGUGGGGCAACCAAUGUGGUGAUUCUGAAUACCCUAGUGUGGUCACGAGGGUCUCUAACUACACUGAUUGGGUAGUUGAGAAUGCGGUAUGAGCGGCAAAAGUGACGCCUGUGCGAAGAUUUAAUAAUUAAUAAUGUAGAUAGUUAAAUGCAUCUACGAAUUUGGUAAUUAAAAUAAAAACAAUAAGAAAUAAUUUAUAAUUUA